CCGGAAGUGGGAAGAGGAGGAGGAGGAAGGGUAAUUGAACUCGUCCGGGGCCUUGCGGGGCCUUUGAGGGCUGGGGACUGAUUGUCGCUUCGGAUUACUCGGGUCGGUUUAACUUCCAGAGAAGGAGAAGCCAGAGUGCUCACAGAGGUGUAUCCUGUGGCUUGUCUGAUUGGGAGCUCCAAAUCCAGUUCUGUUGUCUUCAACUUAAUCAGACAGACACAAUGGAGGCACCUCCAGUCACCAUGAUGCCUGUCACUGGAGGCACCAUUAACAUGAUGGAGUACUUACUGCAAGGGAGUGUUUUAGAUCACAGUUUGGAAAGCCUCCUCCACCGCCUUCGUGGUCUGUGUGACAACAUGGAACCUGAGACUUUCCUUGACCACGAGAUGGUGUUCCUCCUUAAAGGCCAGCAGGCCAGCCCAUUUGUCCUCAGGGCCCGGCGCUCUAUGGAUCGGGCUGGAGCACCCUGGCAUCUGCGCUAUCUGGGACAGCCAGAAAUGGGAGACAAGAACCGCCAUGCCCUGGUGCGAAACUGUGUAGACAUUGCCACGUCUGAGAACCUCACCGACUUCUUGAUGGAAAUGGGCUUCCGCAUGGACCAUGAGUUUGUUGCCAAGGGACACCUGUUCCGUAAGGGCAUCAUGAAAAUUAUGGUGUACAAGAUUUUCCGCAUCCUUGUGACAGGAAACACAGACAGCACUGAGGCCUUGUCACUCUCCUAUCUUGUGGAAUUAAGUGUUGUUGCCCCAGCUGGGCAGGACAUGGUCUCUGAUGACAUGAGGAACUUUGCAGAGCAAUUGAAACCUCUGGUUCACCUAGAGAAAAUAGACCCCAAAAGGCUCAUGUGAUUAUAUGAAUCUGUCUCUCUUCACCUGUUAGAAAAAACAUGAUGUAGGAUUGGGGAUUUAGCUCAGUGGUGCUGCUGCCUGCCUUCCAAUCCAAGGUCCCAAAUUUUAUCCCCAGUACUAAAGAAAAAAGAUGACAUAAAUGCCCCAUUUCACCACUGGCAGGCAGGCAUUAUUCCUUCAGGAAGAAGGGUGGCGAGGAUGUAGUUCUAUGCGUGCUUUCUUAUGUGGUAGUUUCACUUUCAUGGUGGCCCUUUGUGUGUGUGAAACUGGAAAUUGAUUUUUUUGUUUUGUUUUUGUUCUUGGUACCAGAGUUCGA